CCUCCUCUUGGUGGUGCUGUGGUGUGCGCUGGCUCUUCCGCCUCCUAGUCGACGCCAAGCUACGCAACGCAACGCUGCGCCGCGCUGUGUCGAGGACCGCCACCCGGGAUAAUGUCGCGCAGGCGAUCGCCGACCCGCCGGUCAUUGAGCAGGGGAUGAAGCAAGCGAUGCCUGUAACCCUUCUUCUCAUCACUUCCACUUUCCACCUCUUAUGGCAAGGGAGCGCGUGCGUGGAGAUAAUGGCUCUAGACGACUUGAGAGUGUGCAAAACGUUUCCGGGGCUGAGCAAGCGGCAGCUGGAGCUGUGCAGCAGACAGCCGGACGUGACGGCGGCUGCCAUACGUGGUCUGCAGGAUGCCAUCGCAGAGUGCCAGUUCCAGUUUCGCUGGCAUCGCUGGAACUGCUCCACGCUCACCACCAAAAGUCGCAAUCCACACACUAGUACCAUGCUACAAAAAGGUUACCGAGAGUCCGCGUUUUCGUCGGCGAUUGCGGCGGCGGGCGUAGCGGCAAGUGUAGCCCGGGCCUGCAGCAGCGGACGCCUGCUCGCCUGCGGCUGCCAGCCGAGGACUCGCAGCUCGGCGGCGGUCGGAACCGCAACCGCAACCGCCGCUGCAACCGCUGCCGCUGAGCGGACGACACCGGCAACCCGCUGGAAGUGGGGCGGCUGCUCACACAAUUUGCAGUACGGCAUCGAAUUCUCGAAAAAGUUCCUCGACGCUCGAGAAAAGGGCGCCGGUGACAUUCAGUCCAGGGUCAAUUUGCACAACACUGAGGCUGGACGUCUGGCGGUGGCCACUAACAUGCAAGUGCGAUGUAAAUGUCAUGGCGUUUCUGGCAGCUGUGAGCUGAAAACAUGCUGGAAAGCUGCUCCCGACUUUAGACAAGUGGGAACUGUUCUAAAGGAAAAGUUCCGUUCUGCAGUCCUAGUGGAUCAAUCAAACCUCGGCAACGGAUCACCUUUGUUGCUAAGAGAUAGCAAAAGAAGAAGGCCGCGAUGGAGGAGACUCAAAAAGAGGCCAAAGAAAAGGAGAAGGGAUAUGUCUCUUGAACUCUUUUACUAUCAAAGAUCACCGAACUUCUGCGAUCGCGACCCGGCACUGGACAUCGCGGGUACAGUGGGCCGCCAGUGCAAUCGCACGAGUCGCGGCGUCGACGGCUGUGCGUCGCUCUGCUGCGGUCGCGGCUACAACAUGGUGCGACAGAAGCGCACCGAACGCUGCGACUGCACCUUCCACUGGUGCUGCUACGUCAAGUGUCGCAACUGCACAACCAUUCAUUGGAUAUCUGUUUGUAAAUAGACGGUGAAAAACUUUCUUAGUGAUUCAAACUUCAAUAUCACUGUUAAUUUGCUAGUGUAGGCAAUUUCAAUUUCUUGUUUCACUAGAGUUGCUUCACCAAGUAUCAUAAUUGAAUAUUUUACGAUCUUGCUGUAUUCGGCAGAAUUCUAAAAAUAUUUGUGAAAACUCACUGCAGUUGAAUCACUUAAAAUAAUAUUGACCGGAUGCUCUAGGAAAAUAUUGAAGUUGAAAAUUUUCAGUAAAAAAUCAAAUGACUCUGUGGCUGGCUUCAAAUCGAUAACCUCUCAUUCACGAGUCCGUCCCGCCCGUCACCUAUAAAUAGACCACAAGACAAGUUUGUAAAGAGGGAAUCAAUUGAUAGUAUAGUGCUUUUACCUUAUGUAUAUGUAAACUUUCAAUAACAAAUUUAAUAUUUAAAUUGUAUCACAAAUUUGUUUUGAUUAUUCAAAUUGGAAUUCAUAAUUGAUAAAUACAAAUAAGAAUAGGCCUUCAAGCAUCCUCGGUAAAUUCAGAAUCUCUAUGCAAAUUUUCAGUUUGUCAGUUCAGUACACCGUACAUGCGUAAGCUAAGACAAUUCCUUCCUUCAUUAUGGUAGGCCUACUGUAUUUAUGUAAAUAGCGAAUAGAAGUAAAGUAGCAAAUCGAGUCUCCAGCAAAUUUCCUCUCUUGAUCUUCUAUUACUUGAUUUCCUAUUAUGGUUUUGUGGCGUCAGUAGGAGACGAGAUUUACAAACAUACUAGGGUACUUGACCUGAUAAAAUACCCUAAGCUUUGAGGUGACUUCAAUGAAUAUUAACAUGAGUUGUGUGUAAAAAUCCUAAUACACGUUAUUUUAUUCAAAACACAUAUCUCAGGUGAAUUGUCUCACUGAAUUUCUUUUCUAAACUGUUCUAAAAUUGACACAAUGGAAACUUUGUAAAACCAAUUACUGUAAAUCAAUUUUUAGGUAUUCUAAAUUAGUUUUGAGUACCGGUAUGUGAGAAUAUUGUAUUUUCUAUCAAUAUUAAUUAGGUUUGUUCUGAUAAUCAACAAUAUUUUUGAAUUUUUUCUCUAAAUAAUAAUUCCCGAAACGUGUGUAGGUCAAAUACGAAAACCAAUAGACAUAUAAACUUGGAGACAUUAUUUUCAUUUUAUGAUGUCUGCACCAGACGCUACCGUACUCCACUUUGUGAAAUACACCUAUUACUAAUUAAUUCUAAUUUAUUACUAAUACAUUUCAAUUUAGAGCUCAUUUCCGUGAGGAAGCUCUAAGGAAACGAAUAUUUUGAAAAUUAGUAGAUUCUUUUACAUCAAAAUUUAUUUUCAAAAUCAAUGGGAAUUUGAAUAUUGAAUGCCUUUUGGCAGAUUAUUAUAGUCAAAUACGGUACUCAUAACUCAUUACCUUAGGCCUACUCAUUUUCAAUAAUUAAAUAAAGUGGUAAUAUCAGUGUCCAAUAAACCAAUAAGGUAUAUUACCAAUACAUAUUGUUUCAAAUCAUCAUUGAUUAAAAAGUAAUAAUUUAUUCCACUUGUGUAGGAUCGUGUACCUGAUAGUAGAAGAAUCUAUCCAAAGACGUUUUUACUGUAAGUUACAUGAAUCUAACCGUUUUCUUGUAAAUGUAUUAUUUAUUUAUCUAAUUCCUAAUCAAUUGAAUUGAACUGAUCUAUAUAGAGCUUUACUUUUAUUUAAAUUUGUAGUUUGUUAGUAUUAGCUUGAUAGUUAAUUUAUUGACCUUGCACUAAAAUAAAUUUUGUAAGAAAUCUU